AUCAGAAGUCAUUGAAGAAGAAUUGAAGUCUUACUCAUUUCAUUUCAAGCAUGAUUCGUGAAGCUACCCAUGUUAAUGUAAAACACGAGUACGAAGGGCAUUUGAGAGGCCUGUUGAGGAGGCGUAACUCUAUGAAACGGCCUAUGAUUCAACUUAAAUGUGAAGCUGAAACAUCGAAAAAAAAACCAGCACAAGAAUAUACUAUCCAAGUUGUCAAACAAAUGCGUAGCGAGUUAAACAACAUGUUAAGAACAAUUACAGAGGCAAUUACUCAGCAGUUAACUUUAAACCGACAAGUCCAUUUGGAUGGAGUUAAUCAAUUACAGAAAACGCUUCUUUCAGUAUUAAAGCCGUUCGAACAAUUAGACUUACUGACAUUAAAUAUGGUCGCGGUCAACUACUCUUUGAAAGAUAUUUACUCUUCUUGGGAUGAUAUGUGUUCAUUUCUAACGGUGUAUUAUUCUACAAUUACUUUAUAUGAAAGGGUUGAAAUGUUUAUGAGAAAAGGACUGGAACUAGUUGAUCAGCUGUACGAUCUCUUAUACUUUCAAACAACUUUGCAAUUCGCAAUGGCUCGUGUUCCUUUUUCAAUAACUGGUCUCCAAAACUUAAACCUUCUGGUUUCUACACUCCAGAAACAAGCCAUCAGCUUAAGUUCCACUGCAACAGCAUUGAUUCCUUUACAAGAGGAACUUGAACAAGUCAAUUAUUAUCACAAAUGCUGGCAACGAGUACACACGGUUCUUACCAUCUUUUCAGAACCUCAUCGCCUGCCAAAACACGUUCGGAGCGAAAUUGCUUCUUGGUUUCAAAAUAUGCCCAACUGUUAUCCUAAGCAACUUAUUUUGCUGAGCCUAUGCCUGUAACCUUUACGAUUGUUCAAAAAGAUAAACCCAACUCUAGUGGGAAUUAUAAUUAAAUACAUGUCAAAUACCAUACAAAUUACAAUACACACAAUAACAUAACUAACGUAUAUACAUUAUGCGAACAGUAUUAAAUAAAAGUACAUUACCUUUGCAAUUUUGCAUAACUUGAAG